GAGUCCUUCAACUGUUCAGUGAUCGAUCAUUUGACCAUUCACUAAUCUUCAUGUCAACAUCCAGAGAGGAGAGCUCAUUUGAAAACUGUAUGACUCAUCCACUGCUAAAAGAAAUGAUAAGGAUGUGCAGAUACAGAUACCUGUGGCAGAAGAGCUUUGAACGUUCAGAGCUGUUAACACGUUUGGUUCAAACAGCAAAGGAGAUAAAUGAAGAUCGUUUGAGCUGUGAUGUAUUUGAGGAUGAGGAUGGCGGAUUAUUCAUGAGACCAAAGUGUGUUUUAAACCUGGUUCUGUUUGGGAGGAGAGGAGCAGGGAAGACGUCAGCAGCCAAGGCCAUUUUAGGUCAGACUGAGCUUCAUUCAGCCUCCAACUCAUCAGAGUGUGUUAAACAUCAGGGAGAGGUGUGUGGACGUUGGGUUUCCCUGGUGGAGCUGCCUGCCUUGUAUGGAAAAUCUCAGGAGGCAGUGAUGGAGGAAUCACUCAGGUGUAUCUCCCUCUGUGAUCCUGAGGGUGUCCAUGCCUUCAUCCUGGUCCUACCUGUAGAUUCCCUCACUGAUGAAGACAAGGGAGAGUUAGAGACCAUCCAGGACACAUUCAGCUCUCGGGUCAAUGACUUCACCAUGAUUCUGUUCACUGUGGACUCAGAUCCUACAGAUCCAGCUGUUGGUAACUUUGUAAAGGAAAACAAGGACAUCCAGGAGCUCUGUGAGAGAUUUGGAGGAGGAUCUGUUGUUCUUAACAUCAAAGACAAACAGCAGAUCCCACAGCUGUUAGAUACUGUGGAAAAGAUGACAGUUAAAGAGUUCGGGUGCUUCUCCAAGGACACAGUCAUCAAGGGUCUGACUGAGAUGGUGAGGAAGCUUCCAGCUGAACAGAGGAGUGAGGUGGGAGGUGCUGAUGGAAAACAGAGCAGAGCGAGAGAACGUAAAAUCAGUGAGAUGAGUGACGACACAAAGGAAGUCCCACAGAUAGACGUGGAGAGAGUUUUGAAAGAGAAGGAUGAAGAGAUGAAGAGGAGAGACGAGGACCUCAAGAAAAAAGAGAAAGAGUUGAAAGCUCUGCGCAUGAAAAUCAGUGAGCAGACAGGACAGAUUGAAGAGGAGAGAAAACUGAGAGCAAAGCAGCUGAAGGAUAAAGACGAAUCCAUCAACAAGGAGCGCAAAGAGAGAAAGAGAGAACGAGAGGAGGAGACGAGGAGACAGAAAAAACAAGAAGAAGUAAGAGUUCAGUCAGAAAGAGAACAAAAGGAAGCAGCUGAGAGGAAGCUGGAGCAGCACAGGAGAGAUAUGAAGAAAGAGCGAGAGGCCUGGGAAAAAGAAAGAAAGGAGAUCUGGGAGCGAUUUCAUCAGGAGCAAAAACAGAACCUGGAGGAGGUGAAAGCAAACCACAGAAAGCUGCAGGAAGAGUAUCAGUGGAAGAGGAGGAAGUGGACAUAUUCAUUAAUUGCUGCCUUAUUGUCAUUAAUAAUGUUUUUAUUAUAUUAUAUCUUUACCACAAACACUACAGAGAGCGCAAAGGCAGAGAAGGGUCUGUGAGCUUGGAGCGUUUGCUAAGAUGUAAACUACCCUGAUGGAGUUUGUUCAAGCUACUUUAAAUAAGAGUGAAAUUACUCAUUUACACUUCAAAUGGAAUCAUGAACUAUAAUAAAAAAAGUCACAUCCUGCUGCCACUCAACGAAACAACAAACAUCAAGCUGUAAUUACAAAAAGUGAACGUCUCACUUUUUACAGGAAUGUGCAGAACAAACAAAAGUCUUGGUUUGUGUUCAAUGUCAUCAGCAGGACACCUGCCAGGGUUCAUGUGG